AUGGCGAUGGAACAAUCGUGGGCGCCGUUUCAUCCAACACUUUCCGAUUCUUGGUUUUGCGAUAUCUUUUCUAGUACAGAAACAGAAGCACUAACAAAAGCUUUGCAGAAAUCGUUCACAAAUCCAGCAACUGAUGAUAACUCUAGUCACGAUUUUUCAACGGACACAGUUGAAUCUUUUCUGGUUAGUCCGGCAUUAAAGCCGGUGCAGACACCCACGGCGGCUGGAGGUUUAGGAAGUGGAGUUCCGGUUGCGAAAAGCCGUUUUGAGGCACCUGUUGGAAAGAUCACAAAGAAGAAGUCACGUGCCUCGAAGCGGGCGGCGGCGACGAGGACGACGUUUAUCACGGCGGAUGCGGCGAAUUUCAGGAAGAUGGUGCAGCAGGUGACGGGGUUGAGACUCGGAGAUUUGAAUCCAUCGGCGCAAGGGCUGAAGCUGCAGCCUCAAAGAGCUAUGAAUGACAUGCAGGAUGGUGGAUGCUUGCCAACCCUUGACACCUCAGCUUUUAUGUUCCACCAAGUGGGGUCCACUUCAUUUCAGUCUGUUGAGCUACCGGCGGCCAAUCUUCCCCCGUCUCCGUCCGGUACGGGUGGCUUUGAAUUUGACUCCUUUUUCUGCUUUCCUACUCUUGAGUCUUGGAAAGCUGUGUAA